CAGCUCCAGAACACCAGCAGGAAGGUUAUUCACUAAAGGAGACUACGACAAACUACUGGCAGAAUGCACAGUCUAAGUGUUCUCGUGGUCCUCACAUUUUGCUGUUCCACUCUGGGUAACCUCCUGCAGAAGAAACAGACAGAUUUUGGAUUAAGUGUUUUCUCUGAAGCUGCCCAUUCCCAUCCAGGCCAAAAUCUUGUCCUGUCUCCAUAUGGCAUCUCUUCAGUUCUAGGAAUGGCUCAGUUGGGAGCCUACGGCAGCACUCUGCAGAUUCUUAAAGAGAGCAUGGGCUACUCUUUACAAGAACGUGGAAUGCCACGGCUGCAGAGGCUUCUCCAGAGAGACCUGUCAAUGGAAGAUGGGGUGGAGGUGGCCAGUGGAAUAAUGGUGGACCGAAAAGUUCUCCUGGAAAAGGCCUUCAGACGUAGCUUAUCAAAGUCGUUUCAGAGCGUGUCAAACCAGGUGGAUUUCAGUCAUCCAGAGAAUGCCCUGAAGGUCAUCAAUUCCUGGAUGUCUGACAGAACUGGAGGCAUGAUCCCAAAUUUCCUGCCAUCAGGAGUGUUAAGUGAAUACACACGUUUGGUACUAUUAAAUGCCCUCUACUUCCAUGGACUCUGGAAGAUGCCCUUUGACCCUAAGCUAACUAUGGAGAGGUUCUUCCACACUUCUAAUGGAAGUGCAGUGCCAGUGCCAAUGAUGAGAUCAACACAGAAAUUCAACUAUGGUCAGUUUGUCACGAAGGAAGGAUUUGAUUAUGAUGUCCUCGAGGUGCCAUAUGAGGGAGACUCACUGAGCAUGCUCAUUGUGUCAUCAUUUGAAAGGGACGUACCACUGUCUGCACUGACCAGUGAGCUGAACAGCCAGAAAAUUGAGGAAUGGAGACAUCAGCUAAGGCCGGUUAACCUACAACUGGUGUUUCCUAGGUUUUCUAUAGACUCAGAACUUGAUAUGAAGUCCACACUGAGCAAACUAGGUCUUGGAGACAUUUUUAGCCAGACCAAGGCUGAUUUCUCUCGCAUCACUACUGAAGAAGCAUUAUGUGUAUCCAAAGUUCUUCAGAGAGUUAAGAUUGAAGUGAAUGAAAAGGGCACCCAAGGCUCUUCUGCCACAGGUGCCAUUAUUUACUCACGCAGGGCUAUAGAGGAGCAUGUUCUUGACCACCCAUUUCUUUUUCUUAUCCAGCACAAGGCAACAGGUGCUGUGCUAUUUAUCGGACAAAUAAACCUACCACAGAGCCACUAACAAUUUCACGUUUAAACACGUCAAUGAAGAACAUUACUUCAGCCUCUUCUGUCAAGCACAUUACUACUGAAUCUAUACAGGUUUAAGGACAUUAUGAAGAAGAAAACAUAUCAUAAACUUUACAUGGUGACCAUGCUAGGAGAUAUACUUUGGGACCUAAAUAUUUAAAGCAAAGAGAUAAUAUGUUUACAGAAGCUUGCCUACAUUUACCUGUUUUACAUGUAUAGCAUUUAGCAUUUUGGCUAAACUAUAUUUUUAAUAUGUUUAUUUAUUUAUGUUUUGUUAACAUGAAGAUGGAACUACUUUGCACAUGAUUUGUAUAUAGGCUAUGACAUUUUGAAUACAUUUUUAAAAAACAA